AUGGAGGUGGAUGUAGCAGAUGAAAAGCGCCAUCGCACACGCUCCAAAGGUAUUUCACCACCCUAAAAUCUCAUUCCAGUGCCCUUGGAACCAGAAAUACAGGAGUUGUUCAGUUGCCCGACACCAGGUUGUGAUGGAAGCGGGCAUGUCAGCGGAAAAUAUGCAAGACAUCGAAGUGUGUAUGGCUGCCCACUGGCAAAGAAGAGAAAAGGCCAGGACAGACUGUCACUGGAGCCAGGCCUUAAGAGGAGACAUUUUCUAAGCCACGUGGAUAACCACUCUAUGGACGAGUAUUACGAGAUGGAUGAGGGUGAAGAGAUGGAUGUAAAAGAGGAUGAGGAUGAGGAGGAGGAAGAAGAGGAAGGAGGGGAGGAAGACGAGGGAGAGGAGGAAGAGGAGUAUUCAGAAAACGAGGAGCAGGUGGAACAGGAGGACGGAGAGGUGGAAAAUGGUGAGGAAGACUAUGAAGAUGAGGAAGAGGAAAUAGAGCAGGAUGAUGAGGAGGUGGUAGAGGAGGUGGUGGAGGAAGAGGAGGAGGAGGAGGAAGAGGAAGAAGAGAAAGAGGAGGAGUAUGAGAACACUCCCAGUCAGGACCAAGUGGAGAAAGAUGACAAUAACAACGACGAAUAUGACAAUUAUGAUGAACUGGUGGCCAAAUCGCUCCUCAACUUGGGCAAGAUUGCAGAGGACGCUGCCUACCGGGCCAUGACGGAGUCAGAGAUGAAUAGUAACUCCUCCAACAAAGAUGAUGACGAAGAGGAAGAGAAUGAGGGAGGACCACGAAAAAAUGAGCUGAGCGUGGAUGUGGACAGUGAUGUAGUGAGGGAGACAGUGGACUCUCUGAAGUUGCUAGCACAGGGUCAUGGCGCAGUGCUCUCAGAUAAUCUGGACCAAAGGGCAUACGAGGAGGAGGGGGUCGAAAACGGGGACAUUGGUGCCCACGGUGGCUGCGGGAGAGGCAACAGUACAGACCCCAAUUUCGGACAGGGAAAACCCACCAUGAACGGACAGUCAUUCGAGGAGAGGGACGAGGAGGUGUGUUUGAGCAGCUUGGAGUGUCUGAGGAACCAGUGCUUUGACCUAGCACGGAAACUGAGCGAGUCCCAGUCCACAGAGCGAACUGGGUACGCUGAUCCGACUCAGAACCAAAUGGGAGUAUACGGAGGCUGCCAACAACAGCAGCAACCUAGUCCGGAGGAACGCCGCGUUCUGGAGCGGAACUACUCUGACAUGGUAAACCUGAUGAAACUGGAGGAGCAGCUCAGCCCACGCUCCAAAACUUUCUCCAGCUGCGCUAGGGAAAAUGACGGGUAUCAGGACCGUGACGAGGAUACUACGUCUGUCACGUCCGAUCGGUCUGAAGAGGUCUUUGACAUGACGAAGGGCAACUUGUCCCUGCUGGAGAAAGCCAUUGCACUGGAGUCCGAGCGGGCCAAAGCCAUGAGAGACAAAAUGGCCUCCGAGGCAGGCAGGAGGGAUGGGAUUAGGAUGCAUGAGGAGAAUCACGGAUUACGGCACAGCUGCGCAGAGGAACGUAAAGUUCGACUGCAUCACGAAGGUAUGAAGAAAGCGUACUACACUAAAGAUUCGUCCCGCUCUGAAAAGAAAGAGAGUCGGUGUCCAACGCCAGGUUGUGAUGGCACGGGUCAUGUGACAGGGUUGUACCCUCACCAUCGAAGCCUGUCUGGGUGUCCCCAUAAAGACCGGGUACCCCCAGAAAUUCUUGCAAUGUAUGAGAAUGUUCUUAAGUGUCCUACGCCGGGCUGCUCCGGGCGCGGCCACGUUAAUAGCAACAGGAAUUCCCACAGAAGUCUCUCUGGAUGCCCCAUCGCUGCAGCAGAGAAGCUAGCCAAAGCCCAGGAGAAACACCAGACCUGCAACGGAACCAAGUCCAACCAAGCGUCCGAUCGGGUCCUCAGGCCCAUGUGUUUUGUGAAGCAGUUGGAGAUCCCUCAAUAUGGCUACAAAACCAAUGUUUCUACAACCACCCCUCGCUCCAACCUUGCCAAGGAGCUGGAAAAGUACUCCAAAACCAGCUUUGACUACAGCAAUUUCAAUGACAACAACAACCACAAUGUCUACACCAAACGGACCAUCGCACCAAAGCUUCAAGGCAGAGACGCGUCCCCCAAAGGAUAUGACAGCAAACGUUACUGUAAGAACUCCAGUUCGGCCAGCAGUACAACCAGUAGCUACGCCCCUAGCAGCAGCAGCAGCAGCAGUCUAGGCUGCGGAGGGGGCAGCAGUGCCAGCAGCACGUGCAGCAAGAGCAGCUUUGACUACACACAUGACAUGGAGGCUGCACACAUGGCAGCCACAGCCAUCCUCAACCUCUCUACGCGCUGCAGAGAACUUCCUCAAAACCUGACGGGCAAACCCCAAGACCUCUGCUCACGGACGGAGGGUUCUGAUGUGGAUGAGAACGGAACGUUGGAUCUGAGUGUGAGUAAGGGUCGGGCGGGGGGUGGGCAGGAAGGGGGUGGUGGCGCUUUGACCCCCCUGGAGCCCAUGCCACCCCACAGACAGGCAGCUCUUCUCAGUGCCCGCUGCUGUCCACUCAACCAACCCCACUGCUGGGACCUGCCUCUGGACUACACCAAGAUCAAACACAUGGAGCAAGAGCAGGCUAAAGAGGUGCCCUCUGAUGAUUUGGACCCCUUCCAGGAUAUUUUGGAAGACAGCGCUUACGCUGGCGACGUCACCAUCUCGAGUCCCAAACCCAAAUUCGCCCCCUGCAAAGAGAGCAAAAAGGAACUGAUAACUCUUUCAGGGUGUCCUUUAGCUGACAAAAGCAUUCGAAACAUGAUGGCCACCAACUCGCAAGAGCUCAAGUGUCCAACUCCAGGCUGCGAUGGUUCGGGACACAUCACUGGAAAUUAUGCGUCACAUAGAAGUCUGUCAGGGUGCCCACGGGCUCGGAAGAGUGGCAUGAAGAUCACACAUAGCAAAGAGGACAAAGAAGAGCAGGAACCAAUAAGGUGUCCGGUGCCCGGCUGCGAUGGCCAGGGUCAUGUGACGGGGAAGUACGUGUCUCACCGCAGCGCGUCGGGCUGCCCCUUAGCCGCCAAAAGGCAGAAAGACGGCUACAUGAACGGAGCGCAGUUCUCCUGGAAAGCGGGAAAGACAGAUGGCAUGUCGUGUCCAACCCCAGGCUGUGAUGGCUCAGGUCAUGUCAGUGGGAGCUUCCUAACACACCGAAGUCUCUCAGGCUGCCCACGUGCUACGACGGCAAUGAAGAAAGCCAGAAUGUCUGGAGUGGAAAUGCUCACAAUGAAACAGCGGACCAGUAAUGGGCUUGAGAGUAAUGAGGAGCUUAAACAGCUGGAUGAUGAAAUCAAAGAUUUAAAUGAAUCAAACUCGCAGGUGGAAGCAGACAUGAUCAAACUUAGAACACAGAUUACCACAAUGGAGACUAAUCUGAAGUCAGUAGAGGAAGAAACUAAGGUGAUUGAACAGCAAAAUGACUCUCUCCUGCAUGAACUGGCCCACCUCAGCCAGUCACUGAUUAACAGUUUAGCUAAUGUCCAGCUCCCCCAUAUGGAGCCUAUAAGCGAACAGAACUUUGAUGCAUACGUGACCACUUUGACAGACAUGUACACCAACCAAGAUCAGUAUCAGAGCCCAGAGAACAAAGCAUUAUUGGAAAAUAUAAAGCAGGCGGUUCAAGGAAUCCAAGUCUAG